AUAAAAACUUAUGUCAACAAGUGCCUAAUUGAAAAAACCACAUGGAAUCCAUGUUUGUUAUCACGGUUUGGUUCUAAUGAGCAUGUAUUUUUUGUGUUUAUUUUGUUUUUCAAAUGUUUUUCUUCCUGGCCUCCUCCUAUCAGUACAUUUUUGAAGAGCUAUAGUUAUUCGAGAGUUGUAGUUUGAAAAAGAUACUGAGAUACUUACGAAGAUGGCCGCCAAACAAUACUUUAUCGUGUUCCUGAUUGUCGCCCUGAUGACUCUUGGUGCCAGCACUGCUGACGAUGGGUGUCCCGAGAAUGCUCAUUGGACUGAUGACCCCUGCGCGAAGACCUGCGACGACCCAUACUUGACUAACACCGUUUGCAUCGCCGCCCUCAUUCCAACCUGCCACUGUAACAGCGGCUUAGUCUUCAACGCGGAGAGAAAAUGUGUACCCAUUUCGGAUUGUUAAACGAUGUCACAACGAUUUAUAGCCUUAUUCGUGAUUUUAUUAAAUACUAGAUGAUUUUUGAUAACGCCAUCUGUUGUGUCUUUAAAGCAGUUAGUUGCUCUCAAUUAAGAAAAAUAGUCUAUUAUUAUUAUUCGCCAAUAGAUGUCGGGAAGAGUCAUAAAGUUGAUUAUCGAUAACACGAAUAAAACAACAUUUUCUGAAAAUAAAUCGUAGCUAGAUCGAAUUAUCGCCCCCGAAAUCCCCUGUAUACUAAAUUUUAUGAAAAUCGUUGGAGCCGUUUUAGAGAUUCAGAUUAUAUAAGUACCUAUAUAUUAAUUUACAAGAAUUUCUCGUUUAAAGAUAAUUGCUCGAUAAUAAUAAUAAUAAUAAGAUUCAA